UAUGUACUAUUCAGACAUAUGGUAUUAUACCCAGUGAGCAAUAUCUGCUGGUCUGGAGGGGGAGCAUUGCCAAGAGAUGAGUAACUUUGGAAAAGAAAUGUAUCAGUCAAGUGAUUCUUCAGAAGAGGAGGAAGACAAUAAGGAGAAAACAUUGUAUCCUUUAGCACCGUCCAGUAUUCUAGAGGAAACCCCAAAGGAUGUUUCUUCAAGUCCUGCCUUUCAGUGCUUGGAUGAGCUAUUCACUUCUGGUAAAAUACCUGGAACCAGAGUGGCAGAGCUGAAGGCAAAGUAUACCUUCCUGUAUGAUACAUUGAAAAGCUUGCAGGAAUCUGAAAUACAACUCUUGCAAGAUGCCAAACGUUUCUCAUAUAAACUGGAGCAGCAACAAAAAGAGCUUGAAAAAGGGGACAAUUUUCCCGAAGGAUGUAAUACAGAAGUAUCCAGGAUGAGGCAGAAGUUGUUAAAAUACAAUAAUGACCUAAAUGAAGCUGAAGAAAGAGAAUAUCGACUUCAAUAUAAUCUGGAAUGUUUACGUGAGGAGAAGAGACUUUUGGAGAGAGAAUUUGAAAGAAUCCCAAAAGCGACAGAUCUUGAGAAAAGAGCCAAAAUGCUUAAAGAGAACAGUGAGGAACUACAAAAAGAAAAUGCCCAGAGGAGACUGGAGAUCAAGUCACUGAGAGAAGAUGUGGAGUCCAAGCAAAAGGAGAUUGAAAGAGAGCAUAAGGAACUGGAAAAGAAACUGGAACAACAAGAAGGUGUAAAAGAAGAACUUGUCGAGAUCCAUCAGAUACCUGCACAGCUUGGCAAAGACAUGGAGAAAAUUAACCGCAAAUUGAUAGAAACAGGAAAGAAGAAAAUCAAACUAGAGGAACAGUGCCAAGACAUGGACAACGGUCUAAAACAGAUUGAGCAGAAAAACAAAAGGAUGUUGGAAGAGAAAGAUGAAGUCCUGAAGGAGUUAGAAGGGAAACGGAUUUUACUGCAAAAUAAAGAGCAAGAGUUUAACCACUUGACAAAAUCACUGGAGAUGUCCAAGGAAAAAGAGGCCACAGCUUUGGGGGACAGAGCUACAUUAGAAUUUAAUUUGCGCCACAUCUUGAUAGAUAAGCAAACACAGCAUGAUGCUCUUGCUCGUAAACAGAAAGAGAAGGAUCGAGAGCUGAAGACUGCUAAGAAACUGGAGCUACAACUGAAAUCCGCAAAUGAUGCCUUAGCACAAAUUCAGUCUUCGUAUGAUAAAAUCAAAGCAGAGAUGGACAAUUUUCCCAAAGAUGAUGGAUCACUUCAAGAAAAAAGGAAGGAACUGCAAAAGGAAGUUGAAUCGGCUAAGAGGCGUUUGGCACAACAGAAUGCCUUGACUGAGGGGGAAGUGCGAAAACUGGAGCACUUCUUUGCUGAAGAAGAGAAACUGGUAAAGGAGCAAACUGAGCGAAGAGAAGAGCUAGUCAACUUAACACGUUUGGUGCAGAUCAAAGCUGAUGAGAGGGAGCAGAAGUCAAGAGACUUUGUCAAAGCUGAGAGGAGAUAUCAUCAAGUCUUGCAGGAAAUCAAAGGCAGGGAUAUCCUUAUUGGAGAACAUAAGAAAAAAAAUCAGGAUGUUCAAAAAAGGCUGAAGGAAUUUGCCAAGAUGUAUGAUGUUAUCCGCAAUGAGAGGAAUAAGUGUGUAAGCCUAAUCCAGAUUGCAACACAACGAGCAGCAGAACUGAGAGAAAAGCUUAAAAUCUAUGAGAACGAAAUAGAAAUCCAGAGAACCAACGUUGCAACCAAAGAGAGACAGCUACAAAAGACCACGUUGAAGCUCAACAAUAAUCACAUGAUACGGGAUAGCCUUCUAAUGGAUCUAAGCAAAGUCAACAUUUUACUCCAGGAAAUGAGUGAAAAGAAGGAACAGAAAAAAAUGGAAAUUGGCAGACUGACCAAUAUGAUUAACCAAGCAGAAGAGGACAUUGUGCAGCUCCAAAAGACUUACGAGACUGCUGUCAAAAACAGGAAUGAGAGUGGUGUUCAACUCAUUGAGCGGGAAGAAGAAGUCUGCCUUUUCCAUGAGAAACUAAGUAUUCAAGACAUGCUAUUGCGCAAUGGAGAUAUGGAAAUGAUGACUCUGGACGAGAAGAUUCGCUUCCUGAAAAUGCAAAUUACAGAAGAAAAGAGGCAAAUUGAACAGACCAAAAAAAGUCUGCCAAAUAAAAGGGCCUUGGAGUCUGACCUUGUGAUCCUUCAGAUUCAGCUUUCUCAGUGUAAUGACCGAACACAGGAACUAGAAACAAAAGCAGAAGAUCCAAAUAAAGAAAACAGAAUAAACCUUUUAGAAGGCAAGGAACCUACCCUGCAAGAACUUCUGAAAAGGACAGAGGAGCUCGAAUGGCGCUUGGCAGAGAAGGAGGAACAGCUGCUGGAGAAAGACUUUCUUUACGAACAUGUUUCUCGACUUUCAGAGCAAGUUCGUAUUAAGGCUGAGAAUAGUAAAGCGGACACCCUAACACUUGCUAAAACGAUGAAUGAACUGCAGAAGAAGAUUAAAGACAGAACUCGCAAAAUGAUGUCUCUCAUUGCUGAGCUGUCUAUGCAGCAAGCAAAUGGCAUAAAGCUCCAACAGGAAGUGAGAGACAAGGAGAAGUUUGUGGAUACCUGCUAUAGCAGGAUGGAGAAAGGACUGGUUCCCAGUGAGGAAAUAGAGCAAGACUGGAAAAAGUUAGUGCGUGAUGAGUAUAGACGACAAAUGGACAAAGAAUACAAGGCUAAAAUUGAAGAAGAGGAAAAACAACAGCUGUUGGCCAGCGGUGUCUACACUACAGCUGAGCAGCGGCCAAAUGCAUACAUACCUGAAGAUGAAAACGCUCUCCCGCUGCCACGGCCGUAUGGUGGGCUGGCACCUUUUAAGCCCAGUGAGCUUGGAUCAAACAUGAGACACAUCAGGAAACCGUUUAUAAAGCCCAUAGAAAUUUAAUAGAAUGCACUGCAAUCUCUCAAUACCAUUCAUUUUAAAACCUAUUAAAAUCACCUAAA